UACGACAUCGUCCGGCUUGUCAUCAUCAUGGAUUUUGACCAGAUCUUAGAGAAGUGCGGCAGUUCGGGUCGCUAUCAGUACCUUAUGAUUCUGCUUCUUGGCUACGUAGCCUUCACUACCACCGUUCACUAUUAUUCCCAGAACAUCAUUGGCUUUGUGCCCAAGCAUUGGUGUUAUCAUGAGGCACUUGCAAAUCGUAGCUUUGAAGAGAUUGCCUCAAUUUAUGCACCAUUUGGGAAGGAUGCCUCCUGUACGCGACUGGACAAGAUUGAGGGCGACCAGGUCACGGUAAGCAACGAGACCUGCCAGCGUUGGAUAUAUAACUAUGAUUUUGGAUUCAGAAGCAUGAAUGCGGAGCUGAACUGGGUGUGUAAUGAUGCCUACAAGGAGAGGAUCGGACAAUCUCUUUUCUUCCUGGGCUCUCUGAUGGGAACCUUUACCUUUGGCUUGCUGGGCGAUAAGAUUGGCAGAGUGAGAGCCGUGAUCCUGGCCAAUCAAUGUGGUUUCGUAGGAGACUUUCUCACCACCUACUCCGCGAACUUGGUGCAGUUCGCCAUCUUUCGGUGCAUCUCUGGUCUCGCUGCCACGGCAAAUUAUUAUCUGAUGUUUAUUCUGGUUCUGGAAUACUUGGCUCCUAAGCUCAGAAACAUGGCCAUUAGUGGAACUUUGGGCAUUUGCUUCUGCCUGGGAGCUCUGGUGGCUCCCUGGCUUUCUGUACUUGCCGGCAACUGGAGGAUCUACUUGACCUGUUCGGCACUCUUGCAACUUGUGGUGGCCCUCUUUUACUUUGUUGUUCAGGAGAGUGCCCAAUGGUUGAUCACAAGGACCAAUGUGGAAGGUGCCAUUGCCAGACUAAAGCACAUCGCCCACUUCAAUGGAAGGGAGGUGAAGGCAGCGGACUUCGAGGCCUUCAGAAGGAACUGCAUCGUUAAAAGAAAGCUCUCAAAUCAGCCAGAGCAGACGGCGGGAAUUUUCGAUUUACUAAGGACUCCAAAUCUGCGAAGGACUUCGCUGUUAGUGGUUCUUACCUUCAUGCUGACUUCGCUGAGCUUCAAUACCAUCUCUCGGAAUGUAGAGGGCUUGGGCCUGUCACCUUUUGUGGUCUUCUCGCUUUUCGCAGUGGUCGUCCCUCCAUCUGGAUUUAUUCAGGGACUCCUGCAGAGUCGAGUUGGCCGCAAGGCUAGCUUUUUGGCCAUGCUCUGCACUGGUCUAUUGUCCUGCGCCUUGGGCGUGGCUCUUUCCACGGAGGGAGCCCAAAACAACGUGACCUUGCUAUUGGCCUUCGCCCUGCCCAUGCGACUGGGCAUCUCCAUGUGCUAUACGGUCACCUCACAGUUUGCCUCGGAGCUACUGCCCACCUGUGUGCGUUCGCGCGGAAUAGCUGCAGUGCACCUGGCAGCUGCGGGGGCUUCCUUUGUGUCACCCUACCUUAUUCAUCUCGGCACCAAGCUGGCGGCAGCUCCCUCCCUCAUCCUGGCCUUGCUCCUGCUCUCCGCCUCCGUUUGCACCUUGAUGUUGCCCGAAACGAACAAUAGACAACUGCCCAUCACCUUGGCGGAUGGCGAGGCCUUUGGCAAGGGCGAGUCCAUGCUGUCCUUCGAUUGUUGGCGCCGGCACGAUGAUGACGUGUCCAAGCAACCCGUUGAGGAGGUGAAACUCCAUCAACUCAAUGGGCAAACAAAGCCGGAAACGGAAGCGGACGUGUAGAGAGCGAAACCCAAUCAAAGUAUUUCCCCUUAGACUAAUUUACCAAAAGAGUUUUUAGAAAGAGAGACAAGGACACGAUACGAUUGCGAAAGUUGUCAAUAGAUGUGAAGUUUGCUUUAUUGAUUUAUUGAUUUCACUGCUGUUCACAAAUUUUUAACACAAUUUUGUUUUUUUCUUUAAACUUAGCAACUUGUAUUGAGCCAAUUUCUUGAGUUAAUUAGCUUGUUGGAAUCGUGUGUCGUGGGUAUUGUUGUUUUUGUUUUGUCGUAUUAAGUACUUACUUGUAAGUAAAAGGGUCAUAAGUAUUUCUUGUAUCUUUGUAAAUGGUUAUGUAAACUCUUGUAAUUAUGUAACGCUUAAAUGCCAUAAACAUAACGGCUACAAUUUGAUCGCUUCAUUCGCUGCCCAGCCAAUUGCCAUAGAAAGUCUUACAAACUCUACCAUACAAUAAUCACGGAAUCUCAAUUGAGAUUUCCGUAUUGCGAAACUGAUCAAUGACCAAAGGUCUCUUUUUUUUUUUUUUAGCUUAAAUCUAAGUGUAAAGUCUAGCGCAGACAUGGCGAGAAACAUGAUUUAGGGCCCCUGUCGCCGGUUGCCAGAUUAUAAAAUUUUGAAAAUAUAUAUGCCAUAUAUAGAGAAAGCAUUUCCGACCAACUUAAUCAGUUUCCUCAUCCUAACUGACCAUAAAGAGUUCAGAUUUAAAAAUGAUAUAGUUACAAAAGGAUCAACAGAUUGUUCUUAGGGCAGUACAGGGAUCAGUGUCUUAGUAGCUGUGAACCAACUUAGAACUUAGUUUAAUGCUUAUAGGAAGGCAACCGCAGAUCAUCAUCAUCUAAUUACUAUGUAUAUUUGUGUAACUUAUGUGUGUAUUUCGCUAAAAAAGUUCUCUACAUUAA